ACAAAGACUAGCAUCACUUGUGAGCAAAGUCAAAAGUUGAUUCAAACUAUGUUGACAAUGUCGUUUGGUUGUGUUGCAUUCUUACGUGGGUUGUUCCCAGAUGAAAACUUUGUUGACCAAAGAUUUGUUCCAAAUAAGUUCGAGCAGGGCUAUAAUCCAAAUGAUCCCAAAAGCAAAAAUGAUUCAAUCAGAGUAAAGACAUUGGCUAGAGGAAAAUCAACAAAAGCUGAUCUUUUCUUAGACUGGAUUGAUAAAGGUGCUACUGAUGCUAUUAGAAGAGGUUACUUGAAAUCACUCAGCUUUGCUAUAUUCUUGAACAAGGAUGACCCGAAUGAUUUACAUGAGGUUUAUACAUUCUUUUUUGAUUAUAAAAAUGAUGAUAUCCAUUUCAGCAUCAAUGACGAGGAUGAGCCAAUCAGCCUUUUAGACUCAAGAAAGAUGUUGCAGCAAUUGAUGAAAAGAUUCAUCAUUAUAACUCAAUCCCUUGAACCACUUCCAGAGGAAAGAAAUGUGUCGAUGCGUAUGUUGUUCAAUGAAUCAUGUCCAAAGGAUUACCAACCACCAUUUUUCAAAGAUGCUUCUGAUGAACCUUCAGCUAUUUUGAAAGCACCGAAAACCUCAAAUGUUGACAGAUAUUCUGCAGGGUCUGUUGACACAUCUUUCCACUCUAUCCAGGUGAAGGUUUUGAGUCGCCCUAUUCUGAUUUCUAAUGAAAAUGAAUUAAUAGAGAUUGAUCCUUUUGAAGCUUCUCAGUUCAAGACUCCAAACAUGAUCAAGAAUGCUCAACUGCCACCAAAGUCUUUGAAUAGAUUCGUUAAAAGAGAACCAAGCCAAACGACCAAUAUGCUAAGAAGCUUUUUGGAGAGCUCACAACCAGAAGUCAAACCGACACAAGCUAUUAAUCAUGUGAAAUGUGAGUGCGGCUCCACUGAAGAAUCUGAUGUUUCUGGAACUAUUAAAUGUGCUUCUUGUGAUGGUAUUCUUCAUGGCAGCUGUUAUGGAUCCUCAAGCCGUAGACAGGAAACUACGUGCUUCACAUGCCGUUCAAAAGCAAUGGGCGGAAUCAAGACUCAUCAAAACUUGAGAUUGUUGUUCAUUGCCAGAAAAUUAUAUAAACUUUUCUCAAAAGUUGACAUUCCUCCUUCAACAAGAAUCAUCCAUGAGCAAUUAGGUUUUGCUAUCAGUGAGAACACCAAAGCUACUGCUUCUGUCAUUUCAUUUUUUUUCAAAAAGUGUAUUUUGGUAUUGGAAGAUGAGCCAAGAAAGUUAAAAAAACAAGUUGGUGAUGCUACAUUUCAAAAAGGUUCAUCUUAUGUUGAUGUUGAUAUCGAUGGUAUCUAUGUA